AUGUCAAUUUACUCAAAACUCAUCAAUCGAACUCAGCAAUCCAACCAAAUCAAAAACAAUCAAUCAAAUCAGAAUGAUAGUGAGAAUGAUGAUAAUCUAGAAGAAGAAAAAGAAGAAGAAGAAAUCGAUCCAGAACUGAAAUCACUUAUCACUAGAGUCUUACGUAGAAGGAAAAUCUUCAAGUUUAUCACUUCUGCUACUCCUAUCAUCACUUUAUUACUCAUCAUCGCAGGUUUCGUCUCAGCUUUGAUCUUACCGACUCAUCUUCUAUCAAGAGGUACUUAUAUAUCUGAAAAUGCUAUUCAACCUGGUCAAGUUAACACUUACUGGGGUUGGUCUCAGGUUCACAAAGCUGAUAAAUAUGCUGAUCAAGUAGACCUCUGGCGUACUCUACCAUCAAAACAACGAGCCGAAGAAAUGCGUCAAGCUUUCGAAAGCAUGGGUUUACCUUCUCAAACACAAACUUAUUCGUUUACUCAUCCUCAUGCUUCAACUUCGAUCGUCAACGGUACCAAUGUUCAUGCUACCCUACACGCACCACGUACCGAUGGAGCUGAGGCAAUAGUUCUCAUGGCUUCUUGGUUGACUCGUAAACCCGGAUCAGAUGUUAAAGGAGGUGAUGUGAAUGUACGAGGGGUGGCUAGCGUACUAGCACUUGCGGAUUACCUUCUCACUUGGCUUCAAGCCUAUCACGACCUGCCUCAAUCCAACCUCCAAACAGAACGGAUGAAAGGUCGUUCGGGGCCAAUUUGGGCAGCGUUAUCGAUUGAUUACCCGUUCCAUUCAUUCAGUCACAUUGGAAUCUUUUACGAGGGUAUCAACGGACAACUUCCGAAUCUAGAUCUUAUCAACACAGCUUCAAACAUCAUCCGUUGGACGGGCUCAUGUCCCGUAACAAUCCAUGAUGGAGUUGACCAAUUAUCAACAAGCAACAGACGAUCGAAAUUUAUAAACGAUUACAUCCUUGCUUCUCAAACCAUUCUUCGACAAAUCCAAUACGGACUCUUAGGCUCGCCAUCAGGUCCAGAAGGACUUUUCACACCCUAUAGAAUAGAUUCGAUUGGCUUGUUUGCCGUACCAGCUGAAGGACCACAUGGGUUUCAUACGAUUGGAAAAGUUUUGGAAUCUACUUUACGUAGUUUAAAUAAUUUACUCGAAAGGUUUCAUCAAUCGUUUUUUCUUUAUUUGAUGAUGGGAGAAAAACGAUUUGUGAGUGUUGGAAAUUAUUUGUUUGUACCGGUUUUGAUGGGGAUUGGAAUCACUUUGUUAUCAUUUAGUUUAUGGGGAGAAUUAGAUUUUAAAGAUCAGAAGAAAGAAGAGAUUAAAGAAGAAGAGAAGAUUGAAAAGAAGAUCGGAUCGGUUGAUGAGGUUAUGGGAAAAAAUGAUAAGCAAGAGGGAAGUCUGGUUUGGUGUAUUAAGAUCAUUACGGUUUCUCAUUUGAUUGGAGCUGGGUGUUUUUGGAGACUAGUUAGAUCAGUAGAGCCAACAAAGGUGUAUGAGUCACCCAAACUCUGGCUCGUGGUUGGACUAUGGAUAAGUCUACCGAUUGCAAUAGUAACAUUGGAUAGUAGAUCGAUUAAAUCGAUUAAGAUGUUAGAGUCUAUGAUCUUACUUCUUGUAGGUUGUUUAAUUUCAGUAGUAUCAGUUUUAAAUUUCGCACUUGGAGUAGGACUUGGAAUUUUAUUUGGACCAUCAUUAGGAUUAAUUCCAAUAAUCUUACGAAAAAGAUCGGUUAGAUUGAGUAGAGGAAUCAGUUUGGUUUGGUUGAUCGGCUUUGGAUUUCUUUGGAUCGGAUUCAUCGAUUUGAAAAGUUUAAUGUUUAAUGAUCAGUGUUUAGGGAAUUGGUUCUUAGGCUUUUGGUUAGUGAUCGUUUUACCUUUGGUUUUGGAUUGGUUUGUGGUUGGAUUAAGUGGUUUGGUUCAUGGGUCUUGA